ACCUCUUCGUAGAGUCGAGAUUAAAAAGAGAGAACAAGAGAGAGGAUAAGAUAUGGAUGCCGGUGAACCAAGUAAGGUUUCUGGUGAGCUAAGUAUGGUUAUUUAUGGUGAACCUGCAGGUAAGGCUAUUUCUGGUGAACCAAGUAAGGUUUCUGGUGAGCGAAGUAUGGUUAUUUAUGGUGAACCUGCAGGUAAGGCUAUUUCUGGUGAACCAAGUAAGGUUUCUGGUGAGCGAAGUAUGGUUAUUUAUGGUGGACCAGGUAAGGCUAUUUCUGGUGAACCAAGUCAGGUGUCUGGGAAACGAGAGAAGCGUCCACGGCAGAGGAAAGCGCCCAAGGGGAUCGAUUUCGAGAGCAGCGUAGCCAAUUUGUCGAGAGAGGGCAGAGAGACUUUAAUGGUUGUCAAUCGUAAGAAACGAUUGAACACGAUCCCAGGUAAUACCUGUUCCGUCUUUGAUCAUACCUGUCCUCGAUACAAGUGGCUUCACCCUGGUUGGAUUUGUGAGGAGCGAGUCAAGCCUAGCCAUCGACUCUACCGGUACUUUUACGAUCCACUGGGGCAAAUGUACAACACUAAGGGAGAAGUGGCUCAAAUGUACGCAGAUACUGAGAAGACUCGUGCACUCGUCAUCUACGACAAGUAAUCUACUUCGUCGAUCUAUGGAGAUGUGUGCAAUGAUGAAUAUUUAUGGUCAUACUAUAUAAAUGGCCAAUUACCAUCCUAAUUAAUUAUCCUUGAAUAAGUCUAUCUAGCUAUCUUUUUAUUUUUAUUGUUAUCAAUGGAACUAUCUUUCUUGAAUUGUUAUUUCUAAAAUAUGAGCUUAAUUAUAUAAGAUUGAUCGACAAACCUUUUCA